AUGUCCCAAUCACUGCGCCCGUACCUCCAAUGCGUGCGCUCAUCGCUCACGGCGGCCCUAUCCCUUUCCAACUUUGCUUCGCAGGCUUCUGAGCGACACAAUGUUCCCGAGAUCGAGGCUGCGAGCUCGCCCGAAGUCAUCCUCAACCCGCUCACCGUCUCGAGGAACGAGAAUGAGAGGGUGUAUAUUGAGCCGAGUAUCAACAGCGUGCGGAUAAGCAUCAAGAUCAAGCAGGCAGACGAGAUUGAGCAUAUUCUGGUCCACAAAUUCACCCGCUUCUUGACCCAACGAGCCGAGUCGUUUUUCAUCCUGCGUCGGAAACCGGUCAAGGGUUAUGACAUCUCCUUCCUGAUUACAAACUUCCAUACCGAGGAGAUGCUGAAGCACAAGCUGGUUGACUUCAUCAUCCAGUUCAUGGAAGAGGUCGACAAGGAAAUCUCCGAGAUGAAGCUCUUCUUGAACGCCAGAGCACGCUUCGUGGCCGAGUCUUUCCUCACCCCGUUCGAUUGA